AUGUCGACUACCAGUGGAAACGAACCAAUUGAUAAUUGCAGCCCGAUGGACAAUUCGCACCUAGCCAAAAAGAUAUCUGCCAACUACCACAACGUCGGAGCUGUCGAUCAACGUAUCUUGCACUACGAUCGGGUCAAACCAGUCGGAACGGCAUGCGGAAGAAAAGGCAACGUACGUGCCAAGCGCGGACCAAAACCAACAGGGAUUGACCAACAAGAUGAGGCAUGA